GGGUUUGAGCAUCCUUGAUGUAUAUAUAUUCGGAAAAGUUAGGGAUAAAUGAGUUAGUAUUGUAAGGAGCGGUAGACGAUAAAAGGGUUAAAGUAAUAUGUGAAUUGGAGUAGUUUAUAAAAUAGAAUGAGUGUGGGUGUAGAAAACAUUAUCUUAACGAAUUUCAUGGGGACGUCUCCGUUUACUUAUAAAUAGUACGUAGCUAGCGUGUCCUUAGAACGGGGGACAGUGUAAAUAUCGUAUCCAACCAUGACCAUAGUAGUCAUUGCAAAUGUGAAAUGUUAUAUAUUAUAGUAUAUGCAAAGUUUGCAUUGCAGAGAGAGAGAGAGAGAGAGAGAAGAUCAAUGGAAGGAGGAUCUGGCGAGAAGUGGAACAGCGUAUACAGAGAGUGCUUGAGAAACCAUGCAGCAAGCCUCGGAAGCUACGCCACUGACGGCUGCGGCGAGUUCACGGUGGACGGAGGGGGGCUACAAUGCGCGGCGUGCGGGUGCCACCGCAACUUCCACCGGAAGGUGAAGUACCCGGCGGCCCCCGAGAGCCCUCCGGCGAUGGAGUAUGGCGAAGGGAGCAAGAAGCGGGUCAGGUCAAAGUUCUCGGCGGAGCAGAAGGAGAAGAUGCUGGCGUUUGCGGAGAAGCUCGGUUGGAAGCUUCAGAGGAAGGAUCUUGAUGAUGAGAUAGAGAGGUUCUGCCGAGGGAUUGGAGUUAGCAGGCAAGUCUUCAAAGUUUGGAUGCAUAACCAUAAGAACUCCAACUCUUCUUCUUCUACUGGCAAUGUCUCUUCCCUCACUCAGUAACUAUUUAUUACUUAAUAUCACUUCCAGUUCCAUGUUUCCUCUU